GCCGGCAGGUUGGCGGCGGCCGCUAUUUGAGCGCCGGUCCCGGACCUGGCGCUCAGAGCGCUUCGAGUCAGCGCGGCGGAGAGAUCGCGGCGCGCAGCCCGCAGAGGCGCUGCGGCCGGUGCAGCCCCGGAAGCCCCGCGCGACGAAGGCGGAGGAGGCGGAGAGGCCGGAUUGCCGCCCGCCGCCCGCGCCCCCCCACCCCGCCGCCGCCGCCGCCCCCCCUCCUCGCGGCGCCGCAUCUUGAAUGGAAACAUGGCGGUGCCGGCUCGGACCUGCGGCGCCUCUCGGCCCGGCCCGGCGCGGACUGCGCUCCCCUGGCCCGGCCGCGGCCCCCGGCCCGGCCCCGGCGCCCGGCGCCCGCCGUCCGGGCCCCCGCGCCCGCUGUUGCUGCUAUUGCCGCCGCUGCUGCUGCUACCGCUGUUCGCCGCCCCCGGCGCCUCUGCCUACAGCUUCCCCCAGCAGCACACGAUGCAGCACUGGGCCCGGCGCCUGGAGCAAGAGAUCGAUGGUGUGAUGCGGAUUUUUGGGGGCGUCCAGCAGCUCCGUGAGAUCUACAAGGACAACAGGAAUCUGUUUGAGGUGCAGGAGAACGAGCCUCAGAAGUUGGUGGAGAAGGUGGCAGGAGACAUCGAGAGCCUGCUGGACAGGAAGGUGCAGGCCCUGAAGAGAUUGGCCGACGCUGCAGAGAACUUCCAGAAAGCCCACCGCUGGCAGGACAACAUCAAGGAGGAAGACAUCCUGUACUAUGACGCCAAGGCCGAUGCUGAGCUGGACGACCCUGAGAGUGAGGAUGUGGAGAGGGGGUCCAAGGCCAGCACCCUAAGGCUGGACUUCGUUGAGGACUCAAACUUCAAGAACAAGGUCAACUACUCGUACACGGCCGUGCAGAUCCCCACGGACAUCUACAAAGGCUCCACUGUCAUCCUUAAUGAACUCAACUGGACAGAGGCCCUGGAGAAUGUGUUUAUCGAGAACCGCAGGCAGGACCCUACACUGCUGUGGCAGGUCUUUGGCAGUGCCACAGGAGUCACUCGCUACUAUCCAGCCACCCCAUGGCGAGCCCCUAAGAAAAUCGACCUGUAUGAUGUCCGAAGGAGACCCUGGUAUAUCCAGGGGGCCUCGUCGCCCAAGGACAUGGUCAUCAUCGUGGAUGUGAGCGGCAGCGUGAGUGGCCUGACCCUGAAGCUGAUGAAGACGUCCGUCUGUGAGAUGCUGGACACGCUCUCUGAUGAUGACUAUGUGAACGUGGCCUCGUUCAAUGAAAAGGCACAGCCUGUGUCAUGCUUCACACACCUGGUGCAGGCCAAUGUGCGUAACAAGAAGGUGUUCAAGGAAGCUGUGCAGGGCAUGGUGGCCAAGGGCACCACAGGCUACAAGGCCGGCUUUGAGUAUGCCUUCGACCAGCUGCAGAACUCCAACAUCACUCGUGCCAACUGCAAUAAGAUGAUCAUGAUGUUCACGGAUGGUGGUGAGGACCGCGUGCAGGAUGUCUUUGAGAAAUACAAUUGGCCCAACCGGACGGUGCGUGUGUUCACUUUCUCCGUGGGGCAACACAACUACGACGUCACACCCCUGCAGUGGAUGGCCUGCGCCAACAAAGGUUACUAUUUUGAGAUCCCUUCCAUUGGAGCCAUCCGCAUUAACACACAGGAAUAUCUGGAUGUAUUGGGCAGGCCCAUGGUACUGGCAGGCAAGGAGGCCAAGCAGGUGCAGUGGACCAACGUGUAUGAGGAUGCACUGGGGCUGGGGUUAGUGGUGACAGGGACCCUCCCUGUUUUCAACCUGACACAGGAUGGCCCUGGGGAAAAGAAGAACCAGCUGAUCCUGGGUGUGAUGGGCAUCGAUGUGGCUCUGAAUGACAUUAAGAGGCUCACUCCAAACUACACGCUUGGAGCUAACGGCUAUGUGUUUGCCAUUGACCUGAACGGCUACGUGUUGCUGCACCCCAACCUCAAGCCCCAGGUGAGCCAGGGGGGUGGCCAGGAGGAGGGUAAACUCUACAGGAUGGGGACCCCUGACUUCCUGCCCUGCCUCCCACAGACCACCAACUUCCGGGAGCCUGUGACUCUGGACUUCCUGGAUGCUGAGCUGGAGGAUGAGAACAAAGAGGAGAUCCGUCGGAGCAUGAUCGAUGGCAACAAGGGCCACAAGCAAAUCAGAACGCUGGUCAAGUCCCUGGACGAGAGGUACGUAGACGAGGUGAUGCGGAACUACACCUGGGUACCUAUAAGGAGCACCAACUACAGCCUAGGGCUUGUGCUCCCGCCCUACAGCACCUUCUACCUCCAAGCCAACCUCAGUGACCAGAUCCUGCAGGUCAAGUAUUUUGAGUUCCUGCUCCCCAGCAGCUUUGAGUCUGAAGGACAUGUUUUCAUUGCUCCCAGAGAGUAUUGCAAGGACCUGAAUGCCUCAGACAACAACACCGAGUUCCUGAAAAACUUCAUUGAGCUCAUGGAGAAAGUGACUCCAGACUCCAAGCAGUGCAACAACUUCCUUCUGCACAACCUGAUCUUGGACACAGGCAUCACACAGCAGCUGGUGGAGCGUGUGUGGCGGGACCAGGAUCUCAACACGUACAGCCUUCUGGCCGUGUUCGCUGCCACUGAUGGUGGCAUCACUCGCGUAUUCCCCAACAAAGCAGCGGAUGACUGGACGGAGAAUCCAGAGCCCUUCAAUGCCAGCUUCUACCGUCGUAGCCUGGACAACCAUGGCUAUGUCUUCAAGCCCCCGCACCAGGACGCCCUGUUAAGGCCACUGGAGCUGGAGAAUGACACAGUGGGCAUCCUCGUCAGCACAGCUGUGGAGCUCAGCCUGGGUGGACGCACACUGAGGCCAGCAGUGGUAGGUGUUAAGCUGGACCUAGAGGCCUGGGCCGAGAAGUUCAAGGUGCUAGCCAGCAACCGUACCCACCAGGACCAGCCUCAGAAGCAGUGUGGUCCCAGCAGCCACUGUGAGAUGGACUGCGAGGUUAACAAUGAGGACCUGCUCUGUGUCCUCAUUGAUGAUGGGGGAUUCCUGGUGCUGUCAAACCAGAAUCAUCAGUGGGAUCAGGUGGGCAGGUUCUUCAGUGAGGUGGAUGCCAACCUGAUGCUGGCACUCUACAAUAACUCCUUCUACACCCGCAAAGAGUCCUACGACUAUCAGGCAGCCUGCGCCCCCCAACCCCCAGGCAACCUGGGUGCUGCACCCCGGGGGGUCUUUGUGCCCACUAUUGCAGACUUCCUUAACUUGGCCUGGUGGACCUCCGCUGCAGCCUGGUCCUUGUUCCAGCAGCUUCUCUAUGGCCUCAUUUAUCACAGCUGGUUUCAGGCAGACCCCGCGGAGGCUGAGGGGAACCCCGAAGCGCGAGAGAGCAGCUGCGUCAUGAAACAGACGCAGUACUACUUCGGGUCGGUGAACGCCUCCUACAACGCCAUCAUCGACUGCGGAAACUGCUCCAGGCUGUUCCACGCGCAAAGACUGACCAACACCAACCUUCUCUUCGUGGUGGCCGAGAAGCCUCUGUGCAGCCAGUGUGAGGGUGGCCGGCUUCUGCAGAAAGAGACACACUGCCCAGCGGACGGCCCGGAGCAGUGUGAACUGGUGCAGAGACCGCGAUACCGAAGAGGCCCGCAUAUCUGCUUUGACUACAACGCGACGGAAGAUACCUCAGACUGCGGCCGCGGAGCUUCCUUCCCGCCGUCGCUGGGCGUCCUGGUCUCCCUGCAGCUGCUGCUCCUCCUGGGCUUGCCUCCUCGGCCGCAGCCCCAAGUCCACGCCCACGCCUCGCGCCGCGUCUGAGCGCCCCCUCCUGCCCCUCCCCAGGCCUCCCCGCCUCUCCCCUGCCCCCCCCCCCCACACCCCGCCUUAGAGCCUCGCUUCCUCCCUCACCGAGGGACCUGAGUAGCCAGGCCCAAGUCUGAGCCUUGGAAGGGGGGGGGGGGGGGUCCCAAAGGAGGGUGCCGCAGGUCUUUGGCCCCCAAGCCACAUCUGGCCGCCGAACUGUCAAAGUGACCCCAGACCCCUUAUUCCCACUGGACUCACCCGCCCCUGAGGGCUGGGACAGGGAAGCCACAGUACUGGUGCCAAACCAGGCCUCCACUGCCCACCCUGCCCCAAGGCUCCCUUUGUGUGGGAGACCUAGGCCCUGCCCCAGCUGGACUUCUCUAACCUGGCCCUUAUGUCCCACCCAGGACCAAAUCUGGAUUCCCUGGGAAUAAUGAAGUUGAGAUGGGCAGUUUGAGGCUUGUGCAUCCCGUCUUAAGUCCUGGCAGGAGGGAGGUCCUGAGGCAGCCCCUCAAUGGCUCCUGCCCGUAUCAGGCCUACAGCCACCUCCCACCUUCUUCCAGCCCUGCAGGUGACAGGCUAGUGACAGUGACACUGGCUCAGACACAACCCCAUAAACACCUGGAGCCCUGAGGGCAGAAACUGGAUUCACAUUAGACUUACCUAGGAGGACGAACACACAUACACAGACACACACACACACACACAAACACACCAUGGGAUGGGGUGGGGGUAGGGGCUCACAAAGCCUUACACAGGGCAGGGGGUUAGUGGGAGGGUUGGCACAUGCACACUUCAUCUGCUCACUGCCCACCUCUAAUCUGACCUGCAGCCCAGCUGGUCCUCUGUCUCUAAAGCUGAAUGUCAAACAGUGCCAAAUGCUGGGACAGGGGGUUCACCUCUGUCCCACCCUAGCCACCAGUGUCCUGGAAAUGUCCCUCACCCCACCAGGUGCUCAUUGUAACCAUUUCGCACUAGUGUCAGGCCCCCAGCAAGACCACAUGCCACUGCCUGCACCUCUUGGCAGAGGAAUCUUCACCAGACAUUGCCCUUUGCCUUAGCCAGAGUGACAUAAUCACUCCUGGCUGGGCUAUCCCACCCCCAAUCUGGCCCUUACACACUCAGGCCUGUGCUCCACUCCCUGUUUCUUCACACUCACACAAUGGGGGAGGGGGAGCAAACUGCUCUCCCCUGCUGAACACACACGUGCACGCAUACACACACACAUGCACACACUCUGUGCACACACAGAGGCUGGGCCCAGGCACAUGUCUUCACACCAUUCAUUCUGAUCAUUUCCCCCAUAGGCAUCCCAGCCUGGGGGCAAGUGGGGGAUGGGAGAGCAGGGGGAUGUGGCCAAGAGGCUCAGAUGGACUGGGAGGAGGGGGGAGGGUGAUGCAUUAAUUAAUGGCUCCAUUAAUUAAUGUCACGUUGCUUGUUGCUUUCUCAGUGUGUGUGUAUGGUCCAUGCCCGCUGCUGGUGCCAGGGUGGGCACCCAUGCUGUACACCCAGCCUAGAUGCCAGCCAUGUCUUGCGGGGGCGUGUGUGUAACUGUAGUGUAGUCAGGUGCUCAAUGGAGAAUAUAAAAAUAAAAAAGAAACAUAUACAGAAAAAUAAAUAUAUAUUUUAAGUUUAAAAAACAGGAAAACAGACAAACAAUCCCCAUCAGGUAGUUGUCCAACCCCCAGCUGGGUCUAAUCCUUCUCAUCACCCACCUGACCUGGCUGCCCCCUCACCUCGGGCUCGGGGGAUCUGUGGGGGACUGGGGGGCCAUUUCCUUUUCUCUGCCCUUUUUUUUUUUUGGUUGUUGUUCUAUUUUGUACAGACAAGUCAGAAAAACAACAGUGACAAAAAGUCAAGAAACUUUGUAAAAUAUCGUGUGUGUGAUUCCUUGUAAAAUAUUUUCAAAUGGUUUAUUACAGAAGAUCAGUUAUUAAAUAAUGUUCAUAUUUUCACUUCAAAUGGUUCCCAUCCACUGUGUCUGCCUCAGGGUGGGAAUUGGGUAGCUUGAAGACAGGUAGCCAUGACCUCAAAGUCCCACCUAAUAUUCAACUGGGAAUGAAGGCUAUUGCAACCCAGGUACCCAGUAGGUGUAGGGCAUGACGCUUCCUGGGCU